CUCCCCUCCCCCGCCGCCUCGCAGACUGCUCAGCCGAGCUGCUGAGCCGCCGGGGCCGGAGCGCAGGCGGCCAGGCCACCGCACCUGCAGGGCGCUCGGGCCGCCGAGCCGGCAUCCCGCCUCCCGCCUCCCGACACCCCGCAGCCUAGGCGCCCGGGCUCCCAUGCCGCCUGAGCCCCCGGGCCGGCAACCAUGACCACUUCCCUGCAAGAUGGGCAGAGCGCCGCGGACAGGGCGGCUGCCCGGGACUCGCCGCUGGCCGCCCAGGUGUGCGGCGCUGCCCAGGGAAGGGACGACGCCCACGACCCGGCGCGGGCCCCCUGGCUGCACGCGCGAGCUCUGGUGCCGGCUCCGGACGGGACCCGCGGCUGUGCUGCAGACAGGAGAAAAAAGAAAGAUCUUGAUGUUCUGGAAACGCCAUCUAUUCCAAACCCCUUUCCUGAGCUCUGCUGUUCUCCAUUUACAUCUGUGUUGUCAGCAGGCCUCUUUCCCAAAGCAAAUUCAAGGAAAAAACAGGUGAUUAAAGUGUACAGUGAAGAUGAAACCAGCAGGGCUCUAGAGGUUCCCAGUGACAUAACAGCCCGAGAUGUUUGCCAGUUGUUGAUUCUAAAGAAUCAUUACGUCGAUGACCACAGCUGGACACUCUUUGAGCAUCUGCCUCACAUAGGUGUAGAAAGAAUAAUAGAAGACCAUGAGCUAGUGACCGAAGUGCUAUCCAACUGGGGAAUGGAAGAAGAAAAUAAGUUAUUCUUUCGAAAAAAUUAUGCCAAAUAUGAAUUCUUUAAAAAUCCAAUGUAUUUUUUUCCAGAGCAUAUGGUGUCUUUUGCAACUGAAACCAAUGGUGAAAUUUCCCCCACACAGAUUUUACAGAUGUUUCUGAGUUCAACUACAUAUCCUGAAAUCCAUGGCUUCUUACAUGCAAAAGAACAGGGAAAGAAGUCCUGGAAAAAAAUUUACUUCCUUCUGAGAAGAUCUGGUUUAUAUUUUUCUACUAAAGGGACAUCAAAGGAACCACGACAUUUGCAGUUUUUCAGCGAAUUUGGCAGUAGUGAUAUAUAUGUGUCACUGACAGGCAGAAAAAAACACGGAGCACCGACUCACUAUGGAUUCUGCUUUAAGCCUAACAAAGCAGGAGGGCCCCGAGACCUGAAAAUGCUCUGUGCAGAAGAAGAGCAGAGCAGGACGUGCUGGGUGACUGCCAUUCGAUUACUUAAGUAUGGCAUGCAGCUCUACCAGAAUUAUAUGCAUCCAUAUCAAGGUAGAAGUGGCUGCAGUUCUCAGAGUAUAUCACCCAUGUGUUUUUAUGUUAUCAGGGACUUGCGAUUGCAGAAUCCAUCUUGGCAUGUGGAGAGGAGUAUAUCAGAGAAUUCUCUGGUAGCAAUGGACUUCUCAGGUCAGAAAAGCAGAGUUAUCGAAAAUCCCACAGAAGCCCUUUCAGUUGCAGUCGAAGAAGGACUUGCUUGGAGGAAAAAAGGAUGUUUACGCCUUGGCGUCCAUGGUAGCCCCACUGCUUCUUCGCAGAGCAGUGCCGCAAACAUGGCUAUCCACCGCUCCCAACCCUGGUUUCACCACAAAAUUUCUAGAGAUGAAGCUCAGCGACUGAUUAUUCAGCAAGGACUUGUAGAUGGAGUUUUCUUGGUACGGGAUAGUCAGAGUAACCCCAAAACUUUUGUACUAUCAAUGAGUCAUGGACAAAAAAUAAAGCACUUUCAAAUUAUACCAAUUGAAGAUGAUGGUGCAAUGUUCCAUACACUGGAUGAUGGCCACACAAGAUUUACAGAUCUAAUUCAACUGGUGGAGUUCUAUCAACUCAAUAAGGGUGUUCUUCCUUGCAAGUUGAAGCAUUAUUGUGCUAGGAUGGCUCUUUAACCAAACCAGAAGUGACUUGUGAAACUAUUGAAGGAAAAAGAACUCAAGAAGAAAAUUAAGAGAGAGACCAUAAAUAAGGGUGAAAAUGUUAACCAUGGGGAAAAGAAUGUAUUUCAUCUCAAGUUACAAGAAAGAGUUAUACAUUGCAAAUAAGCAAAGACUUGGAUUGACAUUAUAUUCAUCAUUUAAAGUUCAUUAGUUAAAAAUUAAACUUUAGGAAAAAAUUGGCUUGAUGUGUUCUUGUGUUAUUUUACAUUACUAUACUUUUUUCAAAUAUGCAUACAGAUGUACAUCAAUCUUUCCUUCUCUACUAUAUAAUAUUAUAACUUUAAAAUACAAACUAGGAAACAAUAAUGGGAUUAAAAAUGAAUUAUUUACAGACUGAGCUUUAAUUAUACUGUUUUUUAUUAUUAAGAACAGUGAGAAAAACUUGAGUUAUCAAUUAAAAGGAGCUAUCCACAACUUGUUAAUAA